GCGUUCAUAGAACCGUUAGAUCUCUGAGGUUGGAACAGACCUUGACAUUUGUCUGAUCUGUCUGCUCGACUCUUUUUCAUUUUGCUGGCUCUUGGUCCAUUCAAGUCUGUUUUUUAAAUGUAGCUCAGGCACCGUCUCUUGAGAAUAUUGCUUUAAACUAUGUAAGGUCUGCUUUCAGAGCAUGAGAGAUAGUGUGCUGUGCUAUUGAACUAAUUUUAUUUUAGAAUACUUAAGUGGCCUGUUCAUUUUCUGUCGGUUUGGGCUGCUAAUUGGAAAAUACAGUGGGUAUUUUUUUCUUCUUAAACUUGUGGGAGACCAAUGCCCCUAAGCCAGGAAUAACCAGGAAGUUGUUCUAUCACUGUGGGAAUCUCUCUAACCACUAUGGGUUGUGGGAAAGUAAUUUAACUUGUGUGUGUAUUUGUCAGCAGGGAGAUUAGUCACAGAUUCUUUAACUCAAAUAAACUCUUCAGGCAAUUGAUGCUCUAUUUUUAAUGUUGUUCUCUGUCCUGAGAAUCUGAAGAAGUUCUCUUAAGGACCACUAAUCGGGCUGGUUUUUUAUCUGUAAUGAAGAUGGUUUAUAAUUGUAGUCUAGAGAACAAAAAUGCUUGAUAAUGAUAUGGGGGGAAAAUCAAGAAAGGAGCUGGUUCUUAGGCUAGUUUGUUGUUUGGAUGUUCACACAGGGCUUCAGAAAUAAGCUUACUGAUUUGGUUUUCAGUCCAUAGUAUAGGUGGUUUAUGGAAAACUUCUGUUUUGUGUUAAUUUCCAGUUCACAGAACUGCAGUGUUCUCGGUGCCUGUAUCAGCUUUUACCUACUACUUGAUUUCAGUCAUCUGCACAUUCUCAUUAGCUAGAGCUCACUUUCUGUACAAGUUCUUAAAUUUUGUAAAUGCAUAGGAAGGAAGGUGAUGAGAGGUAUUGUGGCAAUUACUCCUUAUCAGGUAAUUAUUUCCACCUUGUUCUGUAGGUUGGAAUAUCAUUGCAGAAACAGAGGUUAAAUGAAGAAUGUGAUUAGCCAGUUUGCUCAAGCAUGUAGAAUUGGAUGUUAAGGUUAAUGUGCUUAGCUCCUGUCCUGCUUUCAGCUGUGUUCUCUCUGAUUUCUGAGCACACUCAAUUAUCAGCUGCUUGCAGUAUCAGCCUGUUUGUAGCACACGUUUGUGGAUGUAUUUGGGGCUGGGCAUGGGACAGGACGAUGUGGGAACCACGUGGAUCUCUCCAGAGGCUCACUCACACAGCUGUAUUUGAAGCAAUGGCUGCACCAUACCUACCCUCCUUGCUAAACAAGACUGGAAUUCAGCAAAAUGUUUAACAAGCUCUGUGUUGAAUGCUGAGAAUAACUAAAUCAGCAUGUUCAAUUUCCUAGCCUUUAAACAUUGUAGGAGAUAAGAUAACUAGGGAGUUUUAUUUGGCACGUUUUUAUGACUGAAAUAAUGUGUGCAGUUUACCAAACUCAGCAGGUCUGUGCCGAAUUUCUGUUUGAUUCAAGUCCUUUCUGGAGGCAGGAGUCUGUGUCCCCCAUUCCAGAAUUCUUAUGUGCUAAGCACCGAGCAGUUGAAUCAAAACCAGUUUGCCAGAGGAAAUUAAAAAUGGCAUGCUUCAGAAUGAGUUCUAGCAGGCAUGAAAGUGGUAGUUACAAUACUAGAAGAGGAAUUAUAUCUUCUUUACUUUCAUAUGCCAUGUGGGGUGCCAUCAGAAAAUUCACAUUGAGUAGCAUUGGUAAAAACAAAAUCGCUGGGGUGGAUUAAAAGAUAACUUUUUGUCUUCACAAGCAGGAGUUUCACUAACUUCAUUAAUUUCAUACGAAGUUUAGGUCUUAGGACUACAUCUGAAGACAGAGAUAAAUGGAGAAAACUCAAUAACUGUGUGGUAGGAACUGUCUGUAUUAUUCAUGGACUUUGCAGCAAGGUCAUUUUCAACUGUGUGUACAUGACAGGUAUCAGUUUCCAUUUAAAAUCUGUGAAGUAUAACUCAGGGAGACAAACAACUUGAUUUAAUUUCUUGUAAGCUGCUUUUAAAAUGUAUAUAAAAUUUAACAGAUUAUUUUUAUUAUAGAUAAGAACAAUAAUGAACACUGUAUUGUUCCUUCCUAAAGCAAUCUACUGUUUUAAGGUGUGUGUUAGCAAUUUGUAGUAGCAGGUGGAGUAAUUUUCUGUCAGAUUUAUAAGUUUUAUUGAGAAAAGGGAUCUAAGCCAAGAAUCAAAUACUUCCUGCUUUAAUCCAUUUAUUAUUAUUUGAAGUACUAGCUAUUUGGGCUAAAACAUUCCCUGGGUGUAUUGGUGCUGAAUUCCCUCAGGAACUGGAAUAGCUAUUCCCAGCUCACUUCCCAGUCUUCUUGCCAGCUGACCACAGCAGAUGAGAAGGAGCAGAGAAGCUGCAAGUCAGGGAUCCUGCCAGGGCUCUGGAUAGCUGUGCCCUUGUCUGCCUGAGCCCUUCAAAUCCAGGGUAACCCUGGGCUUGCCUCCAGUGCAGAGUUGGAGCCUCUGUUAGAAAACACACUCAGGAGGAAAGUUGAUCUGUACAGAGGACCAGUUCCUUUCUGUGGUAAAUUGUCUUCUGGGAAGACAAAUUGCUUUUGAAAUAAACUGCAGAUGGAAUUACAGUUGUUUCAGAAAAUUUCAUUUUAAGUUGUGAGCCAAACCACAUUAAGCACUUGACAGGUAAAGCAAAGUCCCUUUGCUUAAAGAAUUGAUUGAGGUAAAUUCCGAGUAAAAAUUGAAGCAAGUUGUUUGCCUUUGAAUUGCCUGUAUGGGCAUUUAUGUUUCCCUUCCUCAAUGCACCAGAAAUUGAAAAAAAAAGCCUAUUUUUCUUUUUUUCUUGGGUUUAUAUGUUAUGCUGUAAUGCUUUAUGUAGACCUUGGAAGUGCAGCUAAAUAGGUGAGAGCUGGGGUUAUUUUCUUACCCCAAACUGCUGCAGAAACUGUUCAGCCUCUGCCGAGUCAACAGAUCUCUGGACAGUUGCACAAUAGUUGCUGGGUGAAUGGGAGGAUAUGAAUCUGACAGGAAUGGGAAGUGCAGUGCUGUUCACACACCUCUUGCCUAAAAUCCUCUGUGUUUGUGUUAAAUGGAGGUGAUGCAGAUGAGCAGCAAGUGUGUAGGACUUCACAGAAAUCUUCUGCAUGGGACCUGCCUGCAUACUGGGGCAAAAUGUACUAAAAUAGUACCAAAUAGAAAUCUAAUUAUUUUCCAGAUCUUUAACUUGAGAACAUCUGAAGUUCAUGAGUUUUAUUUUCCACCUUUUGCAAUGCCUUAAAGUAAAAACUUUGUCUAACUGGUUUUGUCAUAGGAUGUCAAAAUAGAGAUGGCAGUUUCUUUAUCUGCAGGAGAAUGUACCAGCAUUCAGUCUUCAGAGUAAUGGGAGACCUCAGGAUUGUUCGUGGUGUACACUGCAUGUAGAGAUCCAGCACAAAAUCACUGUUGGAUAGCUCAUCCCAGAGGAAUCUCAGAAUGAAAAAGCUUAAAUUAUUUUAGCUACUGGUGAUUCCUGGUACAGGAAGGAGUUUGGCAUCUCUGACCCAAAAAGUCACUUGGAAUUUGCAAAGUAGGUCAUUUAGUAGUGGACCUGUUACACAAAUCAGGAGAUUGGCAGAGGUCACUUGCCAUUCCUAAGGAUCAUAGAACAGCUCAGGUUGGAAAGGCUCUUAAAAAUCACCAAGUUCCAAACCCUAUGCCAUGAGCACGUUUCACUGGACCAAGUUGCUCAGGACCCCAUCCAGCCUGGCCUUAAGCUGGAUUAGCUCCCAAAUUUUUUCUGGUGUUCUCUACAUCUGCAGAAUUGCCUAUUGAAGCAACUUCUGUUAGCAACAGCACUCCCAAAACAAGUAGCUCUAAUCAGCACUUUAAGGAACAGUUAUAGCUGUUUCUGCAUAUUUUAAAAUUAUAAUUAUACAGCAGAUAUUUUAAAAAAUAAAAGGCCUUCUUUUUGUGUGCUGUGUAAGUGGGCUUAUUUUUAAUUAGCUAGAAAAGCUAGUAAUUUGUUGAGUAGUUUGAUACUACAUAAAUGAAUUAAAGCUAAUCCUAAAUCACCUGCUCAAGCUUUACUGACCUCUUAGUGGUUAUUAAAUAAUUAUUAUUUAUCAGUAAUAGCCUGAAACAGUUUCAUGCCAAAACAGCAUGUAAAAUACUGCAUUCCUAGCAAACUUUAAAUAGCUCUAGUGUUUUAAUCAUUUAGUUGAAACUGUAAUUUUCUGGGAGAUGAAAUGAUCUAACUAUGCUGUGAAGAUGUCUUACAUCUAUUUAAGAUGAGUUAAAAUCAAGUAGUGAAUAGUGAAGUCACAUUUGACUGUUUAAUUAGCAAUAGUAAAUGAAGACAAAUAGGUCCAUAAUGAAACUUAAUUUUAACUUCCCAUGUAUCAGAAUCAGAAACUAAAUGUUGCUGUAAAUUUAUUUUUCUGGGCAAAUUUGACAGAAAUAAAUGCUAAAUAUUUUUUUUAAUAAUUCCCUUUUAUAGAUUUUGUACAUCUAUUUUUAUGCUUGAAGUAGUUAAGUAGUGUUUUUAGCAGUUAAACUAUUAAAUAUUCCCAUGAAUUUUAGGUAUUUUUAAAAUUGUAAAGAAAAAGUGUAAUCCUUUUUUUUUUACAUCUGCUACUAUUUAUUAUUGUGCUUUUUGCAUAAACCACCAUAUUUAUAGUCAAACUUACACAGCAGGCAAAAAUGUCAAAAAGACCUGAAAUUCAUAUUUUUGUGGGAGCCCCCAGUAUUCCGAGGCCAGGGGAGGGGUCAGAGCAAAGCUCAGCCCCUGCUGGUGAGCAGUGGAGGGAGCUGCGCUUGUUGUGCGAGAGCCCUGCGUUUGUUCCUGGCAAGCUCCGGGGUGCUGCUGCCCCCUCGGUGCCCCGGGCACAGAGCUCCACACCCACAGGGGUCCCUUCCAGUGGGGACAGAGCUCAGCAGGGCAGGUUCAUGGCAAAAGAAGGAAGAGAUUUGCCAUCUCCUGCCCCUGUGGCACUGACUUGUGCCAGCAGGCCUAAGAGCACGAGUUUAACUUGUUCUGAUUGUGAAGAAUCCAAAGAUAGAUUUACACCUGCAGAUGUAGAUCAGGCUGCAGAUGAACAGCUGCCCCAGGGCUGUGCAGAAUCAGCUGGACAAGAGAAACCACCAGGUGCCUGCUGCCCAGAGCUCACUGAGAGAAAAGCCCCUCCUUCAGAAAUUAGCAGCUCUGACAUUUCUGCUUUGGUUGCCAGCACUGAGCAGGUCAGCAUCCAGUCUGUGGGACUUCAGGCAGCUCACAGAAGUGAGCAUCAUGAACAUCUAAGUCAAUGUAUGGAUGUGCUUUUCCAAAAAAGUCAGGAGUUCAAUCCAAAAGAACCAAAUGGCUGUAAAGACUUUGCAGUGUCAGCAGACACCGAGUUUCGUAGUGUAGUGACUUUGAGUCAGGUGGCUGUUUUUGCACAGAAUGAGAUGCAGGAAAGUAUUGUAAAACUAUCAGGAAUAGAAGCAGGCAGAAGAGCUGAAGAAGGACAAUAUGAUCACAUCCAAUGUGAUUCUGGUGUUGGAACAUGUACUACUACUGUGCCUGGAAGUGAAUAUGAGGAAGAGGAUGCAAGUUCUCUUGAACUUUUUAGUUCUGAGGAUGAUGGGGAAAAUGUUUCAAUUAAAGCUACAAAACAGGAAGAAGGUGCUCAGGAAAAUGCAGAAAAUUUUCAAAAACUUAAUGUUGCUGCUGAACAACUUGUAAAUGAAAUCCAUAUUGAGCCAUUGAGCUCUGGAAUACUGUGCUCUCAAGGAAACUGUUCUCACAAGAACUCUUCUAAAAGACCCCGCAAGCAUGAAGAUUCCUCUCAUCUCUCUCAGUCAGCAUUUAAAACACAGCUGAAAUCCAAGAGAGCUAAACUGAAUUCUUCUCCACCUGGUUCUGGGGUGAGAGUGGAUCCAGACAGGAUGGCAGAGUUCAAGAAACUCCAAAAGAAACUAUCGCUACUUAAGAAUUGCUGCAGCAAAAAUCAAAAGUACAAUAUUUUGGUCACAGUUGUACAUCCUUGUCAUAUCAAAGAGAUACAGAAGAAGACUAAACCAAAAUCUUCAUGUAAAGUUCCUGUGGCAACAAUUGUUGUUAGUGACCAGUCAGAAAUUGAGAGAAAGGUGGUGCUGUGGCGUGGUGCUGCGUUUUGGUCCCUUACUGUGUUUCCUGGGGAUGUCAUACUGCUUACAGAUAUAAUAAUGUGUGAGAAUCCUUGGUGUGGAGAGGUCAUGCUUCAGUCAACAUUUACCAGUCAAUUAGUGAAUCUGGGGAACUACUCAGCUCUCAAUACAGAAAAAUUUUAUCCUCUGGUGGAUGAUGGUGUUCUCCAUGGCUUAUUGGCAUACAUAUCAUCAGAAUUUCCACACUUCAGAGACAUUCCACAAAGACAAGUUCAGAGACUGGAUGAUGUUCGGUAUGUGCAGCUAGAUCAGCUCCAGCCAAGUACUUUGGUGCACUCCAUCCUGAAAAUUAUCAAUAUUUCUGUGUUAACAGAAUCUGUGUACAGCUACAGAGGUGGCAGCCAAAAAAAAAUUAUUCUAACAGUAGAACAGAACAGAGAUCAACACUAUAGGAUGGUUCUGUGGGGAGCAGGGGCUACCUGGUACCCCCAGCUUCAGAGGAAAAAAGACCACAUAUGGGACUUCAAAUACCUUUUGGUCCAGUGUAGUUCUGUGUCAGGUGACUUGGAACUGCACACAACUCCGUGGUCAUCCUGUGAGUGCUUGUUUGAUGAUGACAAAAGGGCAGUUGAAUUUAGAGAGAAGUUUCAGAAAAGUCAAACAUCCCUCAUGGAGUUGACAAGGCUCUCGGCACUCCUGGAAGAAAAAUGCUCAGGAGUGGUUCAGGUGAAAGCCCAUAUCUUGGAACUGAAGUUCACCAUUUCCACUGGUCAGUACAAGCAACUCAUCUUCUCUGCUGACACUUCACUGGAAGGUGUUUUGGCUUCUCUGCCGAUGAUAACUUAUUCAGGUUGUGCCAGAUGUGGCUUGGAACUACAGGCAGAUGAGAACAUGAUCUAUAAGCAAUGUGUUAGAUGUCUGCCAUACAGCAAAGUAAAAACAUUCUACAGGCCUGCUCUGAUGACUGUAGAAGGUGAAGGAUACGAAAUUUAUGUUCAUGUGGUGUCUGAGUUGGUGGAAAAAAUCUUCCUCAAUAUUCCUGCAGACUGGCUGAAGAGAUUAGUAGUGCCCUCUUCAGAUAUAACCUACAGCACAAUAGUAGCAGAUCUGUGUCAUUCACUGCUGGCAGAUACAGAAGCAUCCUAUUUGUUGGAAAUCAGAAGCCACUUCGUGCUAGAUGAGAACAGCUAUCCUUUGCAAAAGGAUUUCCAUCUGCUGAAUUUUCAUCUUGAUCUUUGACCUCUGCACUAACUGAGUAACAAGGACUAUAAGGACACACAGAUGGGAAGCAGAAGAAAAAUUACUUAGCUGAAGGAAGCAAAUCUCUUAUAAAAUUAUAAUAAAGGAUUUUGGUUUUAACUUAUGAAAUAAGCAAAACUAUCAAAAGGAUUGGUAUGGAAUAUCUGCUAAUGGUAUAUACUGUUGGAGUAAUACUGGUGAAUUUUCAUGAAAUAUAUUUUUAUACAUGCAUUUUUAAGCUAAUAAUUAUGUGAAUAAACUCCAACAAUUUCGUAAGUAUCUGUUUUCCUUUUUCUCCUCUGAAAAGUUCACUACUAUUGUGAGAGACUGAAUUUUCCUGAGACCUGACAUAUUAGAGGAAGACAAAGAGAAUUCAGUAAUAUUUUAGUUAAACAAUUUUUGUUUGUUUUAUCCCAUGUGCUGUCUGUAGCUUCAUGGUUUUGUUUUGCUCUUGUGGUUGCUUUCCUUCUUUUAACAGCAGAAUUUUUGCCAUUUACCCUCAGCAAUUUUUCUGCUGCUCUUUUCUCUUGUAAAACUCUUGUCUUGUAAGCAUUCCACCUCCUUCAGCUCAAGGUAAGUCUUAAGCACAAGAUCAGAUGGAUGUUAUAUAAAAGGUAAUAGGUAAAAAAAUUUCUCAUUAUGUGAGAGUUGAAAACAUGGUAUUAGAACUCCUUAUUUGAUGAUGUUUCUUGUUUUGAAAUAACUCUUGUUCUGGUAGAGUCAAAAAGAGCCUUUCUUAUUUGCUAUCCUUGGAUGACCAUGAGUACAAGUACAUUGGUAAGUGCAUUAGAAUUUGUUUCUUCACAAUUUAGCUGAAAUUACUGAACACACAAGCUGGAAGUAUUGUUAUUUUAAUAUAUAAGAAGAAAAGAGGACCAUACUGUACAUCAGGUCAGCCAGGUGACUUCCCACCUUAGGGGUAUUUGUUAACAGACACUGUGCAUUGCAUGCAUCUUCUGCUCAUAAACCAGCUGUCUGAAAUACUACUAACUGCUUACUUUUAAGAUCCUUAGUGGUAUGAUUGUAAUAAUAAAAUACAAAAUUUAUUUGGUAAAAUCACUUUAUUUUAGUGAUAUGGUAACUGAGUCAUUUUUCUUCCCAGAGCAAAUGCAUUAACUUUGCUUAUCAGGUUGGUUUGCAGUAGUUUUGUGGGGCUGAAAUUUGAAUACAGCUCUUUGGAGUUGAGUUGCUGGUAUUAUUCCUUUAGCAGAGAUAUAAUGAGUGUUGAGCACUUUGUCAAAUUCAGUUUAAUGUAAUGAGUUUAGGCUCAUUUUAUAUCCAGUGAUGUAAUUAGCAAGACAGAGUGAGGAUACCAAGUAACAUAUCAGAUGGUGGAUCAGGGAGGUCUGUUAUUUUACAAUUCCUCUGUGGUAUCUUCUUAUUCAUAACAUUUCCUUUAGGUAAUAACAAUAUUAUCAAAAUGGCAAGUGGUUUCAUCUCCCCAGAGAAGCCCAAUGUUUUUAAGACUUUUAAUUAAUUCAUAUUGUGUCCUGUUUGAAAGGAAGUUGGUUUGAUUUCAGCUAUAGAGGUUAUGGAACAUGAUUGUGCAAAAUGUUUUGCUGCAGUAGUCUGUGUCUGGUUUAUGACUGUACAGUGAGAAGGGUACAGAGCUCAGGCCCCAGAGAGCAAUCAAAAAGAGAAAAAUGUUCUAUUUUAUUUUGAUUAGGAAUAAUUGCUCUGAAUUACUUUAGAGAGCAGUAAUUUACUUAAUGAAGAGGACUCUACUACUAAAACAGACACAUGCCCAGGGGGCUUAAGCUAAUUGGAUUUUCAGUGUAAGAAUGGUCAUACUGGGUCAAACCCAAGGCUCUUGUAAUCAAUGCUUUGUCUCCAGCAGAGAUGUGUUUAGAGAGAAAUAUUAAAGGACAGGACAUGUCUUCAUCUUACUGUCUCAGAGUACUUCAGUACUGGAAUAGCCUCCAGUCACUUGUGACUCUGGGACUUCUUUACUUGUCCCUUAUUUUUAACACAAAGUGCUGUAGUUGAGGUCAGCUGAAAGCAUGGAACUGAGUUCCUGCAGGAAAUA